AGCCUCUGAGUUGACCUAACUUCUCCAUUACGGGCUCUGUAUCAUCUCAUCUUUGAGAAAUUUGCAGGAGGUUUACCUUGAUAUGCUGCACCAUACUAUAAUCAUCAUGUUCCUCACAAUUUUUGCCCGCGCCGCUGCAGAUCCUCGUUACAUUUCGAUCGACUGCGGCGGAGAUGCACACGGCGGCAAACACUGGCUCCGAGAAGACUCAUCGACCAUCUCUGCUGUCAGGGGAGACCUCAGCACAGCUCGCAUUUCUCGCUCCAGAUUCUCCUAUUCCUUCCAGUUGAGUCCAGGUCAGAAAUUUCUCCGCCUCCACUUCCAUCCAUCGUCCUACAAUGGUUUCGAAAGCUCCAGCGACUUGUUCUCAGUCGAAGCUGGUAAUUUACCGUUACUAGCUAAUUUCAGUGCUUCCGUAACUGCUAGUGCUCUUGCUGUCAAUGUUGUUGUUAAACAAUUCUGUGUAACUGUGGAAGAGAAUGAGACUCUAAACCUAGUUUUCUCCCCUGAAUGGGGAAAUAGCUAUGCUUUUGUCAAUGAGAUUGAGAUUAUCUCAAUACCUUGCUGUGAUGGUGGGGUUGCCCUCAACCCUAUCAUCCAUGUUGACAACAGCACCGCGCUUGAAAGGGUACAUUAUCAGCAUGUAAAAUGGGGUCCUGUUUCAUCCGGGGAUGAUGUCGCUUCCAUGUUCGGGAUGUGGUCUAAUCAACCAAGUGUUAGAGAAGACGUGGAAAUAUGUACUAAUAAGACAUGGAGAGUGUCUGUUGACGCGGGAUUCAAGUAUUUGGUGAGGCUCCACUUGUGUGAGGCGGGACUCCACAUGGAUUUUGUGCUUCUCAUCAAUGGCAGGGUAGCCUUAACCAGUGCAGACAUGCUCCAACAGAGGAGGGGAAAUAGAGAACUCCUUUGGUAUAACAACUAUAUGGUGAUGGAUGAAGAGCUUAAGCAAGGUGAUAUCUCUAUUUCUCUGCACUCUCGCCAUGAAUUCUUGGAUCGACACGGCCCACUUGAAGGAUUUGAAGUAUUUAAGAUGAGUAGCCAUCGACGUGCCAGUCCUCUGAUUCAGACACAUUCACCAUCAUGGAUUAUGCUAUGCCCUCUACAUUAUUUUUCAUACAUCACCAUCAUAUUCUAUCUACAUUGGGUAAUAUUCAUAGUCAUCUAUCUGGAUCAAAAAAUGUCCCAAUAUGAGUUUACCAAUGAGGAUAACAAACCAUCGUCCAGGGCAAAGCAACUUGUUCAUCGCUUUUCACUAGCUGGGAUACUAGGAAUAUGUAAAUAUGGUGGAGUCGGCAAAGGGUUCGUGGAUAAUGGGAGAGAGAUUGAAGGCAUAAAGCCAGUAGAGAUUUAUUCCAAACAAAGGGAGAAGAAACAGUUACAGACAGUGAUUGAGCAACAAGAGAUCAUACCUGUUGAUAAGCACAUUUCCAGUGGGACAACGUCUGACCACCUUGACAAACUAGAAAGGAAAAGCAUUGCCUUUUCUCCUCAAUCUUGGAAGCAACGAUCCCAGAUCUGCAUUGAAGUCAUUCAAUCACUAAAAGGCCUUCACACUGGCCCCAUGAUCAUACAUAAUGAUCUGAAGCCUGCAAAUAUUCUGCUUGAUGACAAGUUUGUGGUUAGACUUCCAAAUUUUAGCUUCACCAAAACUUUGAGUUUUAGCGAGUCACAGAGCCAAGAUAGCACAGAGCUUAUAGGAACACCUGGAUAUAUUGCCCCGGAGUUAAUCAUUAAUGGUGAACUAAUGAGACAAAGCAACAUCUAUUCUUUUGGGGUGCUGGUGUUGAAAGUGUUGUGUAGAAGUGCGGCUAGGAAGCUAUGGAGUGAAGAAGAUAAGUGUACCCUAACUACAUUGGCUGAUAGGACUAAAGUUGAAGAUAUUGAUUAUGAUAAAUCUCAGCAGGAGAACAUGAAUCUUAUUGUACCUAAUGAGAAAACAUAUUUUGACAACAAUCAUGUGAGUGGGAUAUCAUUAUCAGAUGUGUGGCUUCACUCGAUAUGUUCCACAGAUGAUUUUCAUCUGCGAGCAGAACAUUUAAGAAGAGUUUACAAGAGCCUUUACAAUAAGAAUUCUUCUGUUGAAUUGGGACUGCAGCGGCAGAUGCCUCAGUGGAAGGUGCCUUUGGUGCUGGGAGAAGGAGGUUUUGGCAGGGUUUACAAGAGUUAUAUGGAUUCUGAAAGUGACCAGAGCUUUCGAGAGUGGCAGGCUAAACCGCGAGUGCUCAUGGACUCCUCAACCGGCUCACAGAAGUGCCAUAGGCUUCCAGGUUUCCGGUUCCAACCCAAUGAUGUGGAGCUGCUGACAUAUCACCUCAAGAAGAAGCUGGACUCCACCCCUUUGGACAUUGAUCUCUAUAACUAUGAGCUGUGUGAUCCCCCAAAAAGGUCUUCCUUCGGAGCGAAUGAAUGGUUCUUCUCCAGCACGUGGGGUAGGAAGAGCUCAUGGGGAGCCACCUCCCGUUAUCAGAAAGCUACUGGUAUGCAAAAGCCAGCAAUGCCAAAAGGGAUGACAAAGUGUUCUUUGAUGCGUGAGUACAUUCUGGGAGCAGCUCGUGGCAUGCACGCAAAAGAAAAAUCAGUUAUCUAUAGAGAUUUCAAGGCCUCUAGCAUAUUGUUUAAUGAAUUAUACAAAGCUGAACUAUCUGCACUUGCAAAGGAAUUUUAUAAGAAGCUAAAUCAUCUUAAAGAAUGGCAGAUUAAACUGGAUGACCUCAUGGACUCCUGGCCCAGCUCACAGCAGAGGCAGAUGCUCCCGGAGAUCCGGCUCCACCUUGCUGAUGAAGAUUAUGGCCACUACUUCGUUGGUCUCUUCAAUUAUGAACCGCGGAAUCUCCCAAAAUGGCCUUUCUUUGGAGAGCAGGAAUGGUUCUUCUUCUUCAGCCAGAGGGAUGGGAAGGGAGACACCACCUCUGGGCAUGAGAAGGCUACUGGGAUGCACAAGCCAGUGGAGCUAAAAGGGAUAAAAGAGUGGGUGAUGAUGCUCGAGUACAUGCUGGAAGACGACACCAAUUGUCCUCAUCGACAAUACAGCGACACCAAUUGCCUCUGCAGAAACUGACUUUCGAGUCACCCUGGAGUUAAGAUCAUCAACAGUAUUCUCUUACUUAUUAAUCUCUAUACUCUAUUGAUACCAUUGUAAAAUAGUGAAUAAAGUGAAAAAUAAUGAGUAUAGAGUUAGUUGAAGCAUAAACUGAACCACUUUUGCUGAAAGUGUGUAUGUGUGUUACCAUACUUCGAUACAAGAAACACUAUCGUAUCAUGUCUUUUCUUUCUAUGGAGUUUCUGUUUUAUUUGUAUCUA